AUGGGAGCUUCCGCUCACUUUCAUUGACAACUCUCUCGUACACAAGUCAGAUGUAAACAAAAAAUAGUCACCGUAAUAAUAAAAAAUUAUCUACUAGUUUAUCCACAAAAUAAUUAUAAAAAAUGACUGAAACCAGUGAAGUGGACAAAAGUAUCGUGACAAUAAUAAUGGACGUGAAUCCGCUGCAGCGGCUGGUCGUCAACGAUCCCAAGGCCAUGACCCAGUGCAUUGACGCAGUUGUCGUAUUCGCAAAUGCCCAUUUGAUGCAAUCUUCAACGAACGAAUUGGCCGUCCUGGGGUGUCAUGGCCAGGGCGCUAAAUUUUUUUAUCCAUUGCCCGACAAACCGAUGGAAAUUCGUCAGUUCGACGGUCAAUACGAAAAAUUAACUCUGGUUGAACGGACAAUACGAUCCCAAUUACAGGAAACAAUUAAUGAAUUAUUACAGUAUGGUAAUUUACGUAAUGAAAGUUUAAUUUCUGGUGCAAUGUCAUUAGCACUGUGUUAUAUAUCACGUUUGGAACGUGACAAAGUACCCGGGGAAAAAUUACAUUCGAGAAUACUGAUCGUUACUGGGAGUAAUGAUUCUGCAACUCAGUACAUGAACUACAUGAAUAUUUUUUUUACAUCACAAAAAAUGGGAGUUGUAAUUGAUGUGUGCAGUCUUGAUCAAGAACUGACAUUAUUGCAACAAGCCUGUGAUAUAACUGGUGGCAAUUAUUUAAAAAUACCACAAUUCGCUGGGUUAUUACAGUAUUUAUUGUGGGUAUUUCUACCAGAUCCAGCAGUACGAACAAAACUUGUUCUACCACCGCCAGUUAAAGUUGAUUAUCGUGCUGCGUGCUUCUGCCAUCACGAGUUGAUUGAUAUUGGCUAUGUCUGUUCAAUUUGUCUUUCAAUUUUCUGUAAAUUCAGUCCUAUUUGUACAACAUGCCAUACACUAUUCAAAGCGCCAGCUCCGAUUCCAGUAAAAAUGAAGAAAAAAAAGAAACAUACAGACAUUGUUCAUUAGGUAUACAGUUUUUAUAAUGUUAAUUUAUAUUAAAUAAAUCAAUUUUCCUUUUUAUAACUGA